CUGAUUUGACUGUUUUAUCAUCAAGGAUGAAAUAAGUCUUUUAAAAGCUUACCUAAUCGACGAUAAUUAUUCAGUAAGGAUUUUAUGAGCGAUGUACACCUAAUGCUUCCGAUAGAGUUUUCUACUUUAUUAUACUUGUGAUGGUGUAAUACACUGCGGUAUUUAGUAACUUGUCUAUUUUUUGAAUGUAUGUUCAUGGAAAAUUGCUUAACGUUCACGGCAAGGCACUUCACAUGAAAUGGAACCAGGAGAUGCAACAGAUGUGCCACAGAAGUUCACUUUUAACCCAAAAGAAGGAAUUGACAAUCCAGUGCUGAUGAUCUCAGAUGAUCCAGAGCCAGACUUGUGUCCGCGGUCGUGCCUGCUGAAGCGAGAGGUAGGCCAAGGGUUUGGCUUCUAUUUGCGUAAAGAGAGCGGCUGCAGGGGUCAUGUUGCGCAGCAAGUCGCCCCGUGGAGUGCAGCAGAGCGCAGUGGCCUGAGAGAUGGAGACCACAUUUUAGAGGUCAAUGAAGCGUUUGUGGACGACCAAGAGUAUACCAAGGUGGUGCUGAAGGUGCAAGCAUCUGGGCUACAGCUGUGUCUGUUAGUCUUGAGUGCUGCGGAGUAUGAAACAGCUGUGCGUGAAGGAAUAGACCUCAUGGCUCUGUCCAGGGCACAUCGAGGUGAAGGCUGUACACGUCCUCGUUUGUGCCACAUCAGCAGAGAGCCUGGCGUUGGUUUGGGACUCAGCAUUACCUCUAGUGAAGGUAAGAGAGGAAAAUAUUAUGUAAGUCCAGUGAGUGAGGGUCCAGCAGAGAGGGCAGGUGUCCAAGCAGGAGAUCAUCUGCUCUCAAUCAAUGGUGUCCCGGUCUCAAAACUCACUCAUUCUGCACUGAUAAAAAUGGUUAAAAAGUGUGAUGAAUAUAUGACCGUUUUAGUGAUUGACAGCAGAAGUGAAGAAAGCUAUGUGCGACGAAGACUGCCCAUUCUGCCCACUUUUGCCAGUUCUCAUAACCUGCCUCACAGACCAAAAACCAUACACCUCACCCAGGGACCACAGGGCUACGGGUUCCUGUUACGACAAGAGAAACUAACUACAGGGAACAUUGCUCACCUGCUGCGAGAGGUAGACCCGUGCAGCCCGGCUGAAGCAGCAGGGAUGGAGGACGGGGAUCUGCUACUGGCGGUCAAUGGAGAACAGGUGGAGAAUGCUGAGCAUGAGGAUAUAGUCAGCAGAAUAAGGCAAAGCGGCCAGCAGGUCACGCUUACUACCAUCUCUAUUCAGGGCAGAGACUACUACACACAGUGUACUUUACAGUUGGGGCUUUCACCACUGACGUUUUAUGAAGAAAACAUUCCACAAAUAGAGCGUUUCCCCACAAACACUCUACCAUCCAACAACCUGCCGCGUCCUCGGCUGUGUACCCUUCACAGGGAGGACACUGGAUUCGGCUUCAAGAUGGCAUGCAGCCAGACUGAGAGGAGAGUCUACGUUGGCCAGGUUGAAGCUGGGCAUGCUGGAGAGCGAGCAGGGCUGCAGGAGGGGGAUGUGAUUGUGGAAGUGAACGGGCAGAAUGUGGAGCAUGAGAAUUUUGAGGACGUGGUGACACUGAUCAAGAAGGGAGGCACUUCGCUCAUGCUGCUCGUGGUAGAUAAGGAUGGGUUUGAGAAACUCAGAACAAGUGGUGUAGCGAUCACUCUGGAUGUGAGCUCACUCAACACACAGGUUCCAGAUUCAACACAAGAGAAUUUUGUCUAAAGGGUUGAGACCUGACCUCAAUAAAUCACUGGACUGUUCAUCUCUGAAAACACACUAAGCAAGCUUCAUCCUGAUUAAACCACUGAAUGCCAUUUCUGCUGUUA